GGAGAGCGUGCCGUCGGGUGGGCUUCCCCGCUGCCACCCACCCACCCACACCCCCGCCCCAUGGACGAGGCGAGCCCCUUGUCCCCUAAGGCCAACGCGUUCAGCAUCGCUUCUCUGAUUGCAGUCGAACCCGCCAGCGAGGAGGAGGAGGAGGAGGAGGAGGAGGAAGAGGAGGGGGAGGAGGAGGAGGAAGAGCCUGCGCUGGACUGUCAGCCCGGCACCGCCUUCACCGGCGGGAGCCUUCGCAAAGCUUACCACCCCCCCGCCGUCGCCGCCCGGAGAAAGAUGCAUUUCAGUGCUGUCACCCGAGACAUGGAAGCCGUCUCCAGCCCGUGGCUCACGCAACUCUCCCACUUUUGCGAUGUUGCAGCUUUCACCGCCAACAGCCUGAGCAGCUUCAACUCGGCCGCGGCCGCCGCGGCGGGCUACCCCCACCUCCCGCCCUCCCCGGCCGGAGAGACCUACGGCCAGCAUGAGCCGCCCCACUACGACCCUUGCUCGGCCCAGCCGCCGCCGCCUCACCACCCACCGGCCCAGCAGCAACAGCACCAUCAACCGCCGCACCACCAUCACGGCCAGGCGCAACACGGCGGCUACUCCUUCGCGCCCGGAGCGGCGGGCAACAACAACCCUCCACCCCCGGUGGGCUCCGAGGCUCCCGAAGGCGGCGGGGGAGGCGGAGGUGGAGGAGGAGGAGGAGGAGGAGGAGGCGGUGGUGGUGGAGGAGGAGGAGGAGGAGGAAGCAGCGGACCGGGGUCCGGCUCUGGAGGAUCGGGCCCGGCCUCGACCAAGGCUCCGGUCAAGAAGAACCCCAAAGUAGCCAACGUCAGCGUCCAGUUGGAGAUGAAAGCGCUGUGGGACGAAUUCAACCAACUGGGCACCGAAAUGAUCGUCACCAAAGCCGGCAGGAGAAUGUUCCCCACCUUUCAGGUGAAAAUUUUCGGGAUGGAUCCCAUGGCAGACUAUAUGCUCCUGAUGGACUUUGUACCGGUGGACGACAAACGUUAUCGGUAUGCAUUUCACAGUUCCUCUUGGCUGGUCGCCGGCAAAGCCGACCCUGCCACCCCUGGGAGAGUGCACUAUCACCCGGAUUCCCCAGCGAGGGGAGCUCAGUGGAUGAAGCAAAUUGUGUCCUUUGAUAAAUUGAAGCUGACGAACAAUUUAUUGGAUGACAAUGGGCAUAUCAUUUUGAACUCCAUGCACAGAUACCAGCCCCGUUUCCACGUGGUCUACGUGGACCCGCGGAAAGACAGCGAGAAGUACGCGGAGGAGAACUUUAAGACCUUCGUCUUCGAGGAGACCCGAUUCACCGCCGUCACAGCCUAUCAAAACCAUCGGAUAACCCAGCUUAAGAUUGCCAGCAAUCCAUUUGCAAAAGGAUUCCGGGAUUGCGAUCCUGAAGAUUGGCCUAGGAAUCACCGACCAGGAGCCCUACCUCUUAUGAGCGCCUUCGCUCGGUCGAGAAAUCCGGUGUCUUCUCCAGUGCACCAAAAUGGAACUGACAAAGAUAUAGUGGAGAGUCGACGGGAAUACGAACGGGAAUCGGCUGGUGGGACGCCCCUCCACGCCGAUCCAACUCAUCAGCAGCUCAUGUCUCGGGUGUUAAGUCCGGCGCUCCCGGUUCCUGGUGGAGGCGGCUUGGUCCCACUCCCUAGUCCAGCUGGAAGUCGGCCUAGUCCCCCACAUCACGAGUUGCGGCUGGACCCCCCUGCUUCCGAACCUCUCCAUCACCAUCCCUACAAGCAUCCGGUCUCUGCUUAUGACCAUUAUCUAGGAGCCAAGAGCCGGCCAGCCCCCUACCCCUUGCCCGGUAUCCGAGGACACAGUUACCACCACCACCACCACCAUCACAUGAAUCCAGCUGCUGCUGCAGCUGCGGCCGCAGCCGCCGCAGCCGCCAACAUGUAUUCUACCGCCGGCGCUCCCACGACCUAUGACUACGGACCGAGAUAACGUCUCCAAUGUGUGCUCCUCGGGCUCGGACCGACUCUUUGCAUGGUGUGAAUUGCUCAGUACGUUUGGGAAAAGUUUCCUGUUUUGUCGAAUUUGGGAUGGGGUGGGGGUGGAAUCCACCAUCGUCCCCUGGUGCACACGGUUUUCUUCCCCGCGCCAUCCUUUCCACCAGGUUCUGCUGUUGGGCCCGUCGUUCAGGAUCCGUGUUGCGUUUUUCCCCAUCCGGGGGGAAUGUGAUCUUUGGCUCGCGUUUGGGGCAUUGCAGUGGAGUGAUGGGAAGCUGGAGUUCUCUCGGACUCGCUUUGUCGCCAGCUGUGGGGCUAGAAGGGCAUUUUCUCCUCUCCUCAGCCUUCCACUCAACGCACGGAGCUGCAGUUCCUUUCUCUGCCGCGUAACCCACCAAGCGUCCUGGUGUCAUUUCCUGGCUGCUCUGGCCCCGAUGCAGCUCUAUACAGGUAGUCCUUGACUUACAACCGUUCCCUUGGUGACUUUUCACAGUUACGACGGCCCUGAAAAAAAUGGGUGACUUUUGAACGUUCAUCACACUAACGACCCCAUAGUCACAAGAUCAAAAUUCGGCCACAUGGCAACUGGCAUGUAUCUGUAACCAUUGCAUUGUCAAAGGAUGGCCAUUGGUAACCCCUCCCAGCCAACUUCCAACUAGUCAAUGGGAAGCCAGAUUUACUUAACGCUCGCAUGAUUUACAGAUUAGCAGAGUUGGAAGGGACCUCGUAGGUCAACUAGUCCAACCCCCACCCACCCCCAUCCAAGCAGGAGAUCCUAGACCAUUUCUGACAGACGGCAGUCCAGUCUCUCCUUGAAAGCUUCCAGGGAUGAAGCUCUCACAACUUCUGAAGGCAAGUCCCUCCGUUGAAUGUAGAAUAACAGAGUUGGAAGGGACCUUAUAGGUCAUCUAGUCCAACCCCCACACCCUGCCCAAGCGGGAGACCCUACACCAUUUCUGACAGAUGGCAGUCCAGUCUCUUCUUGAUUCAUUUAACAACUGCAGGGAUUGGCUGAACCACUGUGGCAAACCACCGCCUCGCUUAGCCAUGGAAAUUUAGGGCUCAAUUACGGUCGUAAGUCAAGGACUACAACUUUGUCCCCCCUUUCCCGUUCUUCCUACUGUAGUGGGGACCAAAUCACCCGCCAGGGUUUCUUUUACAGUGUUGAGGAUCCAGUCUCAGCGAUCUCUGAUUGGAAAGCAGGUGGGAGCACCUGAUUGGGACAAACAGUCUACAUCCGACCCUGGAGAGCUUUGCCCAUCCAGGUACGGCUCAGGAAUUCUGGGAGUUGAAGUCCAGAGGUCAUAAAGGGGCCAUAGUUCCCCAUCCCCUGGAGUAGACCAAUCUGGCCUACAGAUAGUCCUCAUUUUACAACUGUUCAUUUAAUGACCGUUCGAAAUUACAAAGGCCCUAAACAUAGAAUAGGAGAAUAACUUUACUGUCACUUUAAAUGUACACUAAUUGGCAUUUUUUUUUAAAAAAAGUGACAUGAGCUUUUUUUUACACUCACGACCAUCCCCAGGGUCACACGAUCCAAAUUCAGACGCUGACUCAUCUUUAUGACGGUUGCAGUGUCCCGGAGUCACGUGAUCCCCUUUUGUGACCUUCUGACAAAUAACUGUUUUCUGACAAGUAAUGGAUUCGUGUUAAGUGAAUCCAACGGGGGAAGUUGGAUUCACUUAAUGACCAGGAACCAGGAACCGUUUCAGGGGUACCCUUAACAACUGUGGCUAGAAAAGUCGUAAAAACAGGGCAAAAUUCACUUUAGCAGAACAUAACAGAAUAACAAGAGUUUGGAAGGGAUCUUGUAGGUCAUCUAGUCCAGCCCCCCACCCCCCACCCAAGCGGGAAACCCUACAUCAUCUCUGACAAAUGGAGUCCAACUGAAAGCUUCCAGUGAUGAAGUGUCCAGAACCUCUGUAGGAAAGUCGUUCCACUGAAUAUAGAAUAGCAGAGUUGGAAGGGACCUUGGAGGUCACCUAGUCCAACCCCCCACCCCCCCCUGCCCAAGCAGGAGACCCUACACCAUUUCUGACCGAUGGCAGUCCAGUCUCUUCUUGAAAGCUUCCAGGGGUGAAGCUCCCACAACUUCCGAAGGCAGCUUCUGUUCCGUUUCACAAAGAUCUCACUUAGCAACAGAAAUUUGGGGCUCCGUUGUGGUUGCAAGUUGAGGACUACCUGUGCGUUGGAAAGAAGGCAGCUCCCGGCAUGCCUCCCUAACCCAACCAAGAUCAACCGCCGACAAUCCUGGGACUUCUGAGUGACGCGCACAGCUGACGAGGCUUGUCAGAGCGUGCGGCUCCCUCCUGACCUGCACCCAGUUGUCCCACGCAGGCAUGUGCUUAGCACAUGACUGGCAUGUGCCAGGGUGGGCGCUGAGAUGCCGACGGUGGCAUCUCUUGGUCCCCUGCCACCCAGCCUCUCCUGACCCAGGCUGGUGCCAAGCCAACCGUGUCCUUUGAGUUCUGGAAUUCUCAUUGUCAGGAACAAGGCAUUUAGGAAGCGCGGCCAACUCCACCCACCAGAAGCAUGGAUUUCAUGAACACAGGUAGUCCUCAACUUGCAAUGGUUUGCUCAGUCCCCGUUCGUGACUUAUGACCGUUGCAACCUCCCCACGAUCAAAAUUCGGACGCUCGGCAACUGACUCGCGGUAAUGACGGUUGCAACAUCUUUUACGUCCCCUUUUGACGAGCACAAUCAAUGGGUAAGUCAUAGUCACUUAACAAUCGGUGUUCCUAGCGUAACAUUCGCAGUGAUUUCGCUCAGACACCCGCGGCAAAUAAGGUCACAAAACCCGGGGGGAGGGGGGAAAACCCCUUGCUUCGCAACUGCCUCGCUUAGCGAAGGAAAUUUGGCGCUCAAUGGUGGUUGUAAACUGAGGACUAUCCGUAUUCCCCAUCCCAACAACUGUAUUAGGGCCGGUGGACGCCAAUGGAAAUAAUACAAUCUCCCUUCCCCAAGAGCAUCCCACUCAGUGGGGAAAUCCAAUGUUUUUACUACCGGUUCUGUGGGCGUGGCUUGGUGGGCGUGGCGUGGCUUGGUGGGCGUGGCAUGGCUUGGUGGGCGUGGCAGGGGAAGGAUACUACAAAAUCUCCAUUCCCACCCCACUCCAGGGGAAGAAUACUGCAAAAUCCCCAUUCCCACCCGACUCCUGGGAAAAGGAUACUGCAAAAUCCCCAUUCCCCACCCCAUUCCUGGGGUGAGGAUACUGCAAAAUCUCCAUUCCCCACCCGACUCCUGGGAGAAGGAUACUGCAAAAUCCCCAUUCCCUCCCCACUCCUGGGGGAAGGAUACUGCAAAAUCCCCAUUCCCACCCGACACCUGGGGGAAGGAUACUGCAAAAUCCCCAUUCCCAGCUGACUCCUGGGGGAAGGAUGCUGCAAAAUCCCCAUUCCUAUCCCACUCCAGGGGAAGAAUACUGCAAAAUCCCCAUUCCUCACCCCACUCCUGGGAGAAGGAUACUGCAAAAUCCCCAUUCCCCACCCCACUCCUGGGAGAAGGAUACUGCAAAAUCCCCAUUCCCCACCCCACUCCUGGGAAAGAAUACUGCAAAAUCCCCAUUCCCACCCCACUCUGGGGCCAGCCAGAGAUGGUAUUUGCCAGUUCUCCGAGCCACUCAAAAUUUCCGCUUACGGGUUCGCCAGAACCUGCUGGAUUUCACACCUGAUCCCACCCACCCCGGAGAAGCAGAAGAGAGAGAAGGGGCCACAGCAGGAGAGCCUUUGAGGAGGUCCAGGGUCUUUUUAUUUAUUUAUUAUUUAUUUUUGGGCAGUAGGCUAGAAUCCGUAAGCAACCCCUCGACAGAAAGCGUUGGAAGGGACCUUGGAGGUCUUCUAGUCUGACCCGCUUCCCACCAGCUGGAAUAAAACCCCAUGUUUUCUUCGGAUUGGGUCUUUCCUGGAACUCAGAUCUUCCGUUCACAAGGAUGAGCAGAAUCGUCCUCUUAAGAGAAAGUUGGCCAGGUUAGGGGCAGUUGGUUGGUUGGUUGGUUGGUUGGUUGGGAGGGUGGGAAGAGGUGUCACAAUUCAAAUUGCUCAUCCUAUACACACACACACACGCACACAUACACAUUGUUCAGUUUUUCUCAUCUUGGUGCAAAACCACAGGAAGAGAAGUCUUCUUGGUCUUCCAAGAAGAGUUGAUGUUGAUCUUCAAAGGUAGAUUGAGUUGAUCUUCAAAGGUAGAAGCUGCCAACCGCUUCCAUUAUCUUCAUCCUCUCAACACUGCCACACGCUUGGGAUUCUGUAAAACCAAUUUGAUUCUUUAUGUGGAUGGAUCUUUCUUUUGCUUUUGCAACAAGUUUUGCAUAAUUCUGCAAUAAUUAAUUAAUUGCAAUAAUUUUUGCAAUUCUGACACCCCAGCCUAAACCUGCCCAGCUCUGGAAAUACAAAAAAAACCAACUUCCUUUCUCUGUGCUUUUAAUUCCAGCUUUUUGCUCACCUCGGUAUUUCUUGCUUCGUUAACAAAUUUCACUGUAGGAUUCUUUGAAGAAUCUAUGUAAAAUCCCUUUGGAAAAAUACUGCUGUCCUGCGUGCAUUGUUAUAACUUGUUAUAAGCCCUUUUUUCCCUUGGUUUUUUUUUUCUUUUCCUGCUUUGUGGUCUCAAAACGUUUUGGAAGGAUUUCUUUUCUCUCGGAACGGAUCAGUGCCAAAGGUUUUGAGUCAAAACCUAUUGUGACAUUGGUAUAUUUAUUGAUAUUAUAUUAUUCCUUUUUUUCCCUUCCCAAAGUGAUUACGUAUGCAGUUCCUGGUGGUUCUUUUUUCUUCUUCUGCUUUUAUAGUUGCUGUGUAAAAAAAGAGAAAGAAUGGAAAAGCUGGGGUGGGAGGGGGGACAACCAAAGAAUCCUAUCUGAAAAAUAUGUAGAUAAUUUGUAGAUAAUUUGUAGAUAUGUGUAGAUAACACUGGGGGACCGGAAGGAGGAAAGAUGGCAGGCAGUAACAUUUAUAAACAGUAUUUCUCUGGA